AGAUAAAGCUGCAAACUUUAUGCGCAGGAAGCUCGCUGGAGGAAGUUCCUCAGCUCUAGUUUGGUGCUCAUUUCCCUAACUUCCAGCUCGGCAUCAGAUACAGAGGAAUGAAGAAGGAGCUGCAAGAACAUCAUCAAUAAUCAUUAUAAUACCAAUAAACCCUGAUUUCAUGUGUGGUCUUCGUGGCUGACUGUAGUCUGUGUGUCGUCGUGUACAGUUUAUCAGCCCCCCGUUUUAAAAAGUCAUGCCAGAAGUGCGGUGCAGAAAACCGGGUGAGAAGGACGAGGCAGCUAAUGAAGGGAACCGUGACGCAGGUGGAUCAGAAGGAGCUGUGAGGGAUGAGGAGGAAUGUGAUGGUGUGGCAACAGACUCAGGCUCUGCUGCAAACAAAGGCAUGGAGAAAGAAGCAUCUGAGGAAACUCAUGCAGACGCAGAUAAUGCGAGAACAGACACGGGCCAGACGGAGACUCCUGACUCCAAAGAGCAGGACUCCAACUCCAGCACAACUUCAGCCAAGUCAACUUCAUCAACAAAGAGCAGCAAAUCUGUAAUAUUUCAGAGGUUAGCAAAACUCUUCAUUGGAUGUAUGGCAGCUGUUACCUGUGGGAUGAUGUACGCUGUGUACCUGAGCACAUACCACGAGAGGAAGUUCUGGUUCUCUACUCGGCAGGAGCUGGAAAGAGAGAUCACCUUCCAGGGAGGCAGUGGUCUUUACUACUACUAUUACAAGCACAUGCUGUUCGCCUCGUCCUUCGAGAAGGGUGUGUAUGAGCUGAUGCAGGAUAAUAGGACACUAUCUGGUCAGACCAUUAAUGCAGUGGAGCAGCUGUCUCUCUACCCAGAGCUUCUCAGCAGCCUGCUGUACAAACUCAGUGGCAGUCAGGACUCUAUAGAGCCGGUUUAUUUCUACAUCGGCUUGGUAUUUGCACUGCAGGCCGUCUAUGUGACCGCUCUGUUCAUCUGCAGCUGGGUGAUGAGUGGCACUUGGGUGGCCGGGAUGCUGGCGGUGGCCUGGUUCAUCAUUAACAGGCCGGAUACGACUAAAGUGGACUACGCCAUUCCUCUGAGAGAUAACUGGGCUCUCCCCUACUUCUCCUGCCAAGUCGCAGCUUUAACCGGCUUCCUCAGCAACAGCAUCAGCUCUGCCACAGAGAUGUUUUGUUACCUGCUAAUGAGCGUGACAACGUUCACCUUUAUAGUGAUGUGGGAGCACAGCCACUACAUACUGUUUGUACAAGGGCUUGCGAUCUUACUACUGGAUUGUUUCGACCUCAUACCAGCACGCAAGACAGCAGAUGUCCAUAAGGUGUAUUGGAGCUCUCUUUUGCUGGCCUACAUGCUGCAGUAUCACAAGCCCAGUCUGCUUUCCUGUCCCCUCCUCAGUCUGCUUAUAGCCAACACACUGGCCAAAUUCCUGCAGCAAAAAAUGAAGAUAGGCCCGCUGGUGGCGAGACUGAUGAAGAUCGUGCUGCAUUUGUACCUAGUCUUCACCGCAAGCAUCACCUUCAACUACCUAAUCAAGAGAAUCUUUCCAGUCAAUCAAACUGACUUCAUACUAAAAUUCCUGGAGGUCAGGUUCGGCCUCAACUCGACCACAGAGUUUAUACCAAACCUACUGCUGUGCGAUGACGGUUUCCAGGCUCCGGGACAGGACUUCUAUCUGCGCCUCACACACGCCUCGGUCCUGCCUUUUUAUCUGCUCGUGCUGCUCGUCUGCGUGGGGUCGAUGUUGCAGACUAUCUACAGGAGACUCAGUGGCGAGCGUUUAAACACCAAUGUGCAGAUUGAGGAUGGGCGGAUCGGCGAGCGUCCGGAGGUGAUCUACCACGUGUUCCACACGCUGUUGUUCGGAGCUCUCGCCCUGCUGUUUCAGGGGAUGAAGUACGUUUGGACCCCGUAUGUGUGCAUGUUCACUGCGUUUGGGGUGUGUUCACCGGAGCUCUGGAUGACCGUGUUCAAAUGGGUCAGACUCAAGUCUGUACAUCCUGUAGUGCUGGCACUAAUUCUGAGCACCGCAGUACCGACCAUCAUUGGCUUCAGCUUAUGGAGAGAGUAUUUCCCACGUGUGCUGUCGGAGCUUACAGAAGUACAAGAGUUUUAUGAUCCUGAUACAGUGGAGCUCAUGAACUGGAUUAGGAGUCAUGCUCCUCUCUCGGCCGUGUUUGCUGCAAGUCCUGCGCUAUCAGGAAUGGUGAAGGUGUGCACCGGAUGGCCGGUCACCAGUCUACCCCUUUACGCAGAUCUCAGCCUGCUGCAGAGAACCGAGAGUACAUAUCAGGUGUACGCCAUGCGUUCUGCCGAGGACGUCUAUAAGCUGCUGACAGCCCAGAGGUCGAGUUACGUCAUUAUCGAAGAGGAGCUGUGUAACGAGAUCGGUCCUGUCAAAGGCUGCAGGAUCAAAGACCUGCUUGACUACGCAAAUGGACACGUGGUGUAUGACAAAGGCAAAAUGUACACUUUCUCCAAGCACGGGCGAUUCUGUCACGAGAUCAAAAUGACCUACUCUCCGUACACCAACUACUUCACGCGAGUGUUCUGGAAUCGCUCGUACCACGUCUACAAAGUCAACUCGGUCAUCUCCUUUCAAUACUGACAUCCACCCUGUCAUCUGCUCCCAGUUCUGACAUCCACGGUCAUCAAUACCGUUGAAUACAGAGUCAAAACCAUCACCUCACACAAUACCGAUAUUAACUUUUAACUACCAAAUCAACUCUGCUAUACCCCCUAUAUAUGUUUUGCACAGUUAACUCAUUCAUCCCCUUCCAAAAUUAAUGUCUACACAGUCAACUUCAUCAAACCUUCCAGUCCCAAUAUCCGCACAGUCAACUUCAUCAAACCUUCCUGUCCCAAUAUCCAAAUAGUGAACUUCAUCAAACCUUCCAGUCCCAAUAUCCACACAGUCAACUUCAUCAAACCUUCCAGUCCCAAUAUCCACAUAGUCAACUUCAUCAAACCUUCCAGUCCCAAUAUCCACACAGUCAACUACAGUCUACAGAGUCUCUACACAGUCAACUCUGGUCCCCCUUUUCAAUUCAAGUCUCUACACAGUCAAAUCCACCAACCCCCUUUUUAAUUCCGGUCUCUAAACAUUUAACUCUGGCCCCCUUUUUCAAUUCCAAGUCUCCACACAGUCAAAUCUGGUCCCCCUUUUCAAUUCCAGUGUCUACACAGUAAACUCUGGUAUCCCCUUUUCAAUUCCAGUCUCUACACAGUCAACUCUGGUAUCCCCUUUUUAAUUCCAGUCUCUACAUAGUCAACUAUGACAUGCACUUCAAAUAUCAAUGUCUGCACAGUUAACUUCAUCUCGCCUUUCCCCUUCAAAUGUCUACACCUUCAACUUCAUCACCCCCUGCCAAUAACAAUGCCUACCACUGCACCGGUAUUUUCUUUUUGGCCUCUUCCCUCACUCCUCAUCCUGCUCUGUAUUACUGAUAAACUAAAACCCUGUACUAUAGGACUAGAAGUCUAGAAUCCUACAAGGCAUUGGACAAUACAAUUUUAUAACUUUUUUUAUUUUAAUUUUUUUUAUUACAUUGCAGUUAUGCACAAUGACAUUAGUACUGCGUUGUGCAUGUGUGUGGAUGCGUGUCGUGUGUCAUCUGUAUGUGUGUUUACAUGUGUGUGAAAACUCUCCAAUGGUCUGAUCAGUGGCAUCUCUAGUGCUGCCUGUGAGCUUUUUGUGGUGAAUACACAGCCCUGAGGAGGCAGUGGUGGACGUGUUUGAAAUUUCUUUGCUGCUGUGAGAAGACCUUCUAUAAAGAUGACCCACGUGUGGGUGGGAGGGGCUUCUGUGUCUGAGAAGGAAUCAUGGGUAGUGCAGGCUGGCUCCGUGACUACUGAAAUAGUGGAAUUUGCAUUCACUUUUGUUGUUAAAACACUGUAUCUAAUAAUGUUGUCACAGCGCUGGGAACACCCAUUUGUUUUUUUUUUUUGUUUAUUUCCAUCUGGCUCUUUCUGCUCUUUGAAUUCAUUUUGCAUUUCAAGACAAAGCUUUGUAGCCAUGCAAACCUUGUUAGAGUCGACCGAUUACUUACAAGCACAAGUAAGUUUUAUUUGCGUCGUACCCUCAGGUGGAGAUCCGUUCUUCAUUCACAUUCAAAGGACUCGAUGUAUCUUAUGAAUCAUGUCUAAAGGAAGCCUAAUGGCAAUAAGGAGGCAGCUUGUAACUUUAGGAAUAUCCUUUCUAAAUUAUAAGUAGCUUUGGAUUAAAUUAAAUCAUUUAAAUAAAAACAUCAAUACAAUGUAUACUAAACAAUUUAUGCAAUCACAAUAUUGCAUAAAAAUCUCAGAAAGGGUAAUUAUAAUUUUUUUUUUCUUUCUUUUCUUCAAUGGACAUUGUCUAUAAAUAAAUAAUUACAAAUACAGCCACCGAGUUACGAAGGUUCGACUUAGGAUUUUUCAAUUUUGCGAUAAUUGAAAUACGACAAAAUUGUAAAAGGUAGCAGCUUAUGCUCCACCCUCGACUAGCGAACCAGUGCUCGUCUACGCACCCACUUACACUUACAUAUAUACUGUAUAGUUUAUACAGUAAGGUACUAUAAAUUUCUAAGUUUUGCUAAAUAAUGUUCUCUAAUUUGUUCAACUAUUACUACAUUACAGUAAACUAUCCCAUUCUAUUCACCAUUCCUUAAAACUCCUUGGUAAGCUAGACUACGAUAUUUUCAAGUUACAAUGGAGUCAAUGUAACGCAUCUCCAUCGCAAGUCAGGAACCACCUACAGUAUAGAAAUGUUAGUGUUAUACAUUUGUCUGAGUUUAUUCCCAAUGACAGUGAAAAGGAAAAACUGUGAGAUAAUGUGAGGGAGAAACCUCCACUCAAACGGGAACUCGUCCUCACCGGACACCGAAUGUCCCUUCGUUAUAGGGACAUUCGAGGGAACCGUUCCCUGAUGGACGCUUGAGUGCAAAACUGGCAAUUUGCAGCCAUUAAUCAAUCAGUUUAUGGUCACUACAGUCCAAAUCCAUCUUCAUGGUUCUUGAGUUUAACCUUUCACAGGAGCCUCAUGGAUCGUUAGUCAGGUCAUAUGGAACCCUCCUCAGGGGCAUGUAAAUUUAAAGAGAACUCCAUCCAGAGGUAGGCGUCAGGAUGAAUCAGAAGAAUCAGGAAGGAGAACAGGGACGUGAUCAAGUAUUUACAGAUCUGUUUUCAACUAUUUUAGGGGGGGGGGAAAACAGAACCAUAUUUACUAUUCCACCUUAAAUGUGCAUUGAAUCCUCUUGCCAUUAGGCUUUUUUUAAUUAUUAUUUUUUUAAUGAUUUUUAUGUUGUAUGCUACAGAUAUGGUAAUUGAAGGUCAUUGAAGGUUAUUCAUUAGUAGUUCCUUAAAGCAGCUAACAUUUCAAUCCAAUAGAAUUAUGAGGCGUUUCAUGAUGCAAUGUGGUAAAGUGUGAUUUAGUAUUUGUAAAAAGAAUAAAUUCAAUACAAAAACAAAUGUUGGACAAAAGUAUUGACUUUUCUAGCUGGAAACAAACCAAAAUCUUCUCUGGAGAGUGGAGUUUAUUGUAACAGCAAAUGGGAUGUUCAAGAAGCCCAUAUGAAUAAAUGUUUGGUCAAGUGCCCACUACCUUUUGUACAUUUGGUGUAGAUGAGAAGCCCCCACAUUCUUAUCACUGUAUUUGAUGGGCAUCUUUUGACCAAUACACUCAUCUGAAUUGAUGGAUCGGACAUGAAAACGAAUGCUGGGAAAGUUGUUUCUCUAACGAAAAGCUCGUCAGCAGAUCACGUACGUUUCCCAGGACCCUGGAACUUUAAAUGUGAUGAAUAGCUGACAAAGAAUUGUACAUCUGCAGUGGCGCUAAUGCGGUGGUAAAUAAGGACAUGAGUCACAACAGCUUGGAUUAAAGAGCUUUUAAUGACACCUUGGAUCACUCUCUGUAAUGUCUGUCCAUUUCUUUUCUUUCUUCUCUGCCAUCUCUUUUAUUUUUAUUAUUUUACCUUUUAAUUUUAAUAUUGCAAAAAAUAAAAAGUUUGGCAUGUUUGUAAUUGCCAUUAAUGCAACACCAGUCUAUGCAGAUGAUGGAAGUAGUUAAGGUCUGAUGUAUAAUGUAUUGUUUGUGCCUUUUUUGAGACUUCGUUGUUCCCAUGUUAGCCUAGUUUCACGCUUCAUACGUUUGGACUGCGAUCACAUUCACUCCUGCUGCUGCUAAACUGCUUUCUUUAUUUUGUUUGAUCCUGUUAUUUUGUUUUGUGAACUGUACAUGCUCGGAUAAAACGCAUCAGUACUAUGGAGGUGAUGCUCUGAUUUGUCUGUCUUAUACUGUACAACAUGAACUGAUCCGAUUCUGGUCAAUACAGCCUUUGUAUUCUUCUGUA